AUGAGGCCGCUGUCUGUCUCUCUGCUCUUUUUCGUCAUUCAGUUUUUGAGUCUGUCUCUCCAGCAGUUUCCUCGGCCAUGCACCACUCCAGAGGUCCUGCAGAGCAAGCAGUGCUGUCCGGUGUGGCCUCGUGACGGAUCGGUGUGCGGGGUGAGCUCGGGUCGAGGCUUCUGCCAGGAUGUCACGGUGUCCGACCUUCCCCACGGGCCGCAGUACCCCCACACCGGCGCGGACGACCGGGAACGGUGGCCUCUGGUGUUUUACAACCGAACCUGCCAGUGCGCCGGUAACUACAUGGGCUUCCACUGUGGCGAGUGCAAGUUCGGUUACUUCGGAGACAACUGCGGGGAACGGCGAGAAUCCGUGCGCAGGAACAUCUUCCAGCUGUCGGUAACAGAGAGGCAGCGGUUCAUCUCGUACCUGAACCUCGCCAAGACCAGCAUCAGCCCCGACUACGUCAUCUCGACGGGCACGUACGCGCAGAUGAACAACGGCACGAGCCCCAUGUUCGCGGACAUCAGCGUGUACGACCUGUUCGUGUGGAUGCACUACUACGUGUCCCGUAACGCGCUGCUCGGGGGUCCCGGUAACGUGUGGGUUGACAUCGACUUUGCGCACAAAUCGGCGGCUUUUCUGCCCUGGCAUCGCGUGUACCUGCUGUUCUGGGAGCAUGAGAUCCGCAAACUGACCGGAGACUUUAACUUCGCCAUCCCGUACUGGGACUGGCGUGACGCGCAGGACUGUCAGGUGUGCACUGAUGAUCUGAUGGGCGCGCGCAGCCCCCUGAACAUGCGUCUCAUCAGCCCAUCCUCGGUCUUCUCCUCGUGGAAGGUGAUCUGUUCACAGCCCGAUGACUACAACAAUCGUGAGGUGCUGUGUGACGGAUCGCCAGAGGGGCCGUUAUUGCGAAACCCCGGUAACCAUGACCACAACCGCCUCCAACGGCUACCCACCUCCACAGACAUGGAGUCAGUGCUGAGCCUAACACAGUAUGAGACAGGGUCGAUGGACCAACGGGCCAACCUGAGCUUCCGGAAUGCUCUGGAAGGUUUUGCGGAUCCAGAGACGGGAUUGGCGUUAAUGGGUCAAAGCAGGAUGCACAACUCCUUACAUGUCUUUAUGAACGGAUCCAUGUCUUCAGUGCAGGGAUCCGCCAACGACCCCAUUUUCCUACUACAUCACACAUUUAUCGACAGUAUUUUUGAGCAGUGGCUGAGGAGACAUCAGCCUCCCCGGACACAUUACCCAACAGCCAAUGCUCCAAUCGGACACAACGACGGAUAUUUUAUGGUCCCCUUCCUCCCUCUGUACAGAAACGGAGAUUAUUUUCUGUCCUCCAAAGCUCUGGGAUAUGAAUAUGUAUAUUUACUAGAUCCGAGUCAGCGGUUUGUGCAGGAGUUUUUGACUCCCUAUCUAGAGCAUGUGCAGCAGAUCUGGCAUUGGCUGUUGGGAGCAGGAAUUCUGGGAGCGCUCGUGGCAGGAAUUAUUGCAACAAUUAUCACAGUGGCCUGUCGUAAAAGCCAGAGGAGGCAAAAGGUGUCAGCAUAUGGAGAGAGACAACCACUACUGAACAGCAGUGAAGAAGAAGGCUCAGCUUCAUAUCAAACAACACUUUGA